CUCAGGACAUCGAGCGGCUGUUCCAGAACCAUCAGACCACGUUCCUCCACACGCUGGAGCUGGGCCGGCAGAUCUUCUCCAUGGGAGACCAGGAAACCCAGAACCAGCUGCAGGAGGAGUGGGAGAACCUCCACAGCCUGCUGGAGACACGGAUGGACCUCACUGAGGCCAUCAUCAAGAACUGGGAGCGCUGUGAGGCCAGGAUCACGAUGAUCCAGCUGCAGGAGCUGAGGAGCGAACUGGACCCGCAGCUGUCAGAUUCUGGUUCUGACACGCAGAGUGAAGACGCAUUCAACAAGGAGAACGAGGACUCCCUGGAGGACUGGGUUGAAAGCCUGACGGAGCUGAGCACCAUGAAGGCGGAUCUGACCCGGUACAUCAUCACAGACGACGUGCUGCUGCUGCAGGAGCAGGUGGAGCACCUGCACUGCCAGUGGGAGGAGCUCUGCUUCAAGGUGUCUCUGAGGAAACAGGAGAUUGCAGACCGUCUCAACGCUUGGAUCAUCUUCAAUGACAAGAACAAGGAGCUUUGUGAUUGGCUCACACAGAUGGAGAAGAAAGUGGAGCACAACUCUGAGCUGAACAUCGAGGAGAUGGUGGAAAAACUGAAGAAGGACUGUAUGGAGGAGAUGAACCUGUUCAGUGAGAACAAGACCCACCUGAAACAGCUCGGGGAACAACUCAUCACAGCCAGCAACAAGACCAAAGAAGCUGAGGUCAACGGCAAGCUGAAGGACGUCAACGACCGCUGGCAGCAUCUGUUUGACCACAUCGAGGCCAGGGUGAGGAAGCUGAAGGAGACGUUGGUGACGGUUCAACAGCUGGAUAAGAACAUGAGCAACCUGCGGGCGUGGCUGUCCUGCAUCGAGACAGAACUGUCCAAACCCGUGGUCUACAGUGUCUGCCACAGCGACGAGAUUCAGAAGAAGCUCUGUGAGCAGCAGGACCUGCAGAGGGACAUCGAGCAGCACGCAGAGAGUGUGGCGUCGGUGCUGAUGCUGUGUGACGCCCUGCUCCAUGAUGUCGACGCAUGUGGCAGCGACUCGGAGUGCGACUCCAUCCAGCAGACCACCCGCAGCCUGGACCUGCGCUGGAGAAACAUUUGUGCCAUGUCCAUGGAGCGCAGGAUGAAGAUUGAGGAGACAUGGCGUCUCUGGUGUAAGUUCCUGGAUGAUUAUGCUCGUUUUGAAGAAUGGCUGAAGACCGCUGAGGUAACUGCAGCCAACCCAGAGUCCACCAAUGUCCUCUACACCAAUGCCAAGGAGGAACUAAAGAAGUUUGAGGCGUUCCAGCGGCAGGUUCAAGAGCGGCUCACUCAGCUGGAGCUGCUCAACAAACAGUACCGCCGUCUGGCUCGGGAGAACCGCACCGAUGCUUCCUGUAAGCUCCGAGUUAUGGUCCAAGAAGGAAACCAGCGAUGGGACUUCCUGCAGCGGAGGGUGGCGGCUGUACUCCGUAGACUCAAGCACUUCACUUCUCAGAGAGAAGAGUUUGAAGGAAGUCGUGAGGCGAUCCUGGUCUGGCUCACAGAGAUGGACCUGCAGCUCACUAAUGUGGAGCACUUCUCUGAGAGCGACAUCGAGGACAAGAUGAGGCAGCUGAAGGGCUUCCAGCAGGAGAUUACCCUGAACACCAACAAGAUUGACGCUCUCAUUGUGUUCGGGGAGAACCUGAUCCAGAAGAGUUCUCCUCUGGAUGCCGUUCUGAUCGAGGACGAGCUGGAGGAGCUCCACUCCUACUGCCAGGAGGUGUUUGGGAGGGUGGCCCGCUUCCAUCAGCGCCUCGUCAACAGAAGGCCGGUCCAGAACGAGGAGAGGGACAUGGCAGACCACGAAUCAGUCCUGACCCACUCCCCCGAUGUGAUCAACCAAACGUCCUGGAUGGAGGCAAGGGGGACGAAGGAGGACGACGAAUCUCCAUCAGUGGGCGGAGUCUCAGCUGGAAGUCAGGCCAUGUGCCACCUCCUAGUUCCUCCUCGUGAGCGCUCAGGAAGAGAGACCCCCAUCAGUGUGGACUCCAUCCCCCUGGAGUGGGACCACACUGUUGAUGUGGGGGGGUCAUCAUCGUCGCAUGAGGAUGAUGAAGAUGCUACCUUCUUCAGUGCUUUGUCAGUAAGAUCUGUGACGGACCCACCCAGCUGGUACCACCCCGGCUCCCCAAAGACAAAACACCUUCCCAGAGAACUCCUCCCAAAGCUGAACUCAUCUUCGAGCAGCAGCUCUCCUCUCCGCCAGCAGGACUAUGCUAAACGUCUGUCAGACAGCAGAGGCAGCAUCAGUUGUGUGAAGAAUGUGAAACUGAUCCUGAAUGACAAUGAAGAGCUGCUAGAUGAAGGUCUGAGUAGCAGCAACCAGAAGACCAGUAAAGGUGAGAUUGAGCGCUGGGAGCUGAAACAGACACAGUUCCCUGGGGAGAUGGAAGCUCUGGAGCAAUGGCAGAGGCUCAGCUAUGACCUUUGUGACAUCACUUCCUGGUUGGGCAGGGUGCUGCCUGAGCUGGAGAGGCUGCAGCGAAUCGCUCCAUCCAGCAGCAUCCGAGACAUCGAGAUCAACAUAAGGAAACUUAAGGAGUUGCAGAAGAACUUCAACACCUAUAAGUGUCUGAUGAUCUCUGUGAACCUGAACGCCGGUCACUUCCUGCUGGGUGACAGCGUGGAGCUGCAGGAGCUGCAGGAGGCUCUGAGCUCAGCCAAUCACAGCUGGACCCAGGCCUGCGAGGUUCUGGAGAGCUGGGAGAGGAAGCUGCACUCUGCUCUGCUGCAGUGUCGGGAGUUUCAUGAAGUGCUGCAUCUGCUGAUGCUGUGGCUCUCUGAGGCUGAGAGCAAAGUGUGGGCCGUAAGCACCAAGAGGGUUGUUCUGAUAGAGCAUCAGACCAUGCUGAUGGGAACCUGCUCAUCUGGUUCUGAACUCGGCAGUGUUGGUCUGAAAGCCCUCAGUUCACAGCUGAAGGAGUCAGAUUUACACUCGGCAGCAGUCAGACCAGCAGCAGCUAACAGGGAGGAGAUGAGGGAUUCCUCCCCCCCUCGACCACUCCUACACCGGGUCCUGCGGGCUGCCCUCCCCCUCCACCUGCUCCUCUUCCUCCUGCUGAUUCUGAUCCGUCUGGUUCCUCGGUCAGACGACGACUACAGCUGCAAACUGUCCAACAACUUUGCCCGAUCCUUCUACCCCAUGCUGCACUACACCAACGGCCCCCCGCCCACAUGA